GAUGAUAAGGCGUAGUUUGGUCUGACCUUGACGCCUGUCGUGUCGAUCUUUACAGUCUCCAGCCUCGCAAGUUCAAGUUGUGGACAUUGUUCUCGUCGCAGACGAAUGGUUGUUCACAGCAUAAUAGCACAACUAUUGGGCUCAAGGAUGCACACGGUGACAUGGACACGCGAACGAUUUCCUGUGCAGGUGGCUCGGUCACAUAUUUCCUUGUUUUGGCUUAGCGCGUCAGCGUGGCUGUGUCUUGCCUUCUGCAUCACCGACUUUCGACAACGGCCUUCUACUCCAUAUGCAUCGUCCUUGACCUCCCAUUGGACCUUGCACAACCACACGAUUUCGGUGCUUAUCACAGCUUGUUUGUUACUCAGUUAUGCGCUCGGGCGGUAGCAACAUAACUAGCGCCGCCACCAAUGUCCAGAUAAUCUUUAACAUCCUCGAGGACGAUUGAAGAUGUUGCAGUGUUGUAUACUCACCCAAAGGAGUUUUAUGGCAGCAAAUU